AUGGAGCACACAGAUGAAGAAUUACUGUUCUCUGAUGACGGAGACAAGUUUGCAGAUAACGAAAUUCACGUGAGAAAACAAAACAGAAAAGGGAGAAAAUGGCUCACCACUGUUGAAAACAUACCUGAAUCAUUCGAUGUCACGCGGCUGCUGAACACUCUGAAAAAAGAGCUGUGCUGCAACGGGACAAUAGUAACUGAGUCCAGCUCGGGAAAAAAAGUGCUGCAAAUGCAGGGAGACCACGGAGUGAAAAUACAGUCCAAGCUGCAGGAGCUCUUCCCCUCAUACAAAGUUCAUUUCUUUGGAAAUUAG